AUUACAUAAAAUGUCACACUUUGAGUAAACUUUACAUUAUUCUCUCAUCCAUAAUAAAUAAAUAAAGCAUACUGGGUUUUAGGUCAGGCUGACGUCAGCAGUUUCUUUGUGUUUCAUUUUUUUUUUUUUUGUAAUCUAACGCUCCAGAUUUGUUGUCUUCUCCACGAGCCCUUUGUUGUUGUUGGUAAUGGAGAUUUUCGCUCUAAGUCAUUGUGGCUUCUUCUUCUUUAUUUAGAAACCAAUUCAUCAACUCCUUCGUUAUUUCUAAAUCUCUUUGCCACUACCUCUUGUUGCUGCAAUUGAAUUGGCUCAAAUCUUCUUCACUUGGUCGACGUAAAGACGACUUUGACUUGGUUUUUAACUUCACUUCUCCGUCGAAAACUAUCCCUUCUCUUCCGAUCGAAUCAAUCGGCUCUCUCUCCACACAAACCAAGCCAAAUAUCUUCUCCUGUUACUGGAGACAAACCUGCAUACAUUUCUGUCAUCUCUGUUAAGUGGCACAAUUAUUUAAGAGGCUCCAUCUCCACUGCACCACUGAGAAGUUUCGUGUGGACAUGUCUAAGCUUAGAAUUGGUUUGGUUGAAAACUGAGGAGAUGGAAGUGACUCGUGGUUUCUCUUUUUUGGACAAGUUUCUUCGAAAGUCUUUCACAGAAGGAGCGUAUUGAGUUUCUCGACAAUAUAUUUGACAUCUUCUUCUGCCUUUUCUGAGGAAAGUUGCGGUGGAUUAAAGCACCAUCGUGCGGAGAAUACGAUAAGGCUCUUGCUUCAUUUGAAGUUAUUGACAGUUGAAUCGAGCCGCUCAAUUGGUCAAUUAUGGAGUCAAUAAAGGUUUGCAUGAACGCACUGUGCGGAGCGGCCUCUACGUCGGGCGAGUGGAAAAAAGGCUGGCCUAUGCGAUCCGGUGAUUUAGCUUCUCUCUGCGAUAAGUGUGGGUGUGCAUACGAGCAAUCCAUAUUCUGUGAAGUGUUCCAUGCCAAGGAAUCUGGUUGGAGAGAGUGUAAUUCAUGUGACAAGCGUCUUCACUGUGGAUGCAUUGCUUCUAGAUUUAUGAUGGAGCUUCUAGAGAAUGGUGGUGUUACCUGUAUAAGUUGCGCCAAGAAAUCCGGACUAAUUUCUAUGAAUGUGAGCCAUGAAUCUAACGGUAAGGACUUCCCCUCAUUUGCUUCAGCAGAGCAUGUAGGCAGUGUUCUUGAGAGGACAAAUCUCAAGCACUUGCUUCACUUUCAAAGAAUCGACCCCACUCAUUCUUCUCUUCAAAUGAAACAAGAAGAAUCGCUGCUUCCUUCCAGCCUAGAUGCUCUUAGACACAAAACUGAAAGGAAAGAAUUGUCUGCACAGCCAAACUUGAGCAUUUCACUUGGACCUACGCUUAUGACAAGCCCAUUUCAUGAUGCUGCUGUUGAUGACAGAAGUAAGACUAAUUCGAUUUUCCAACUGGCCCCUCGGUCCAGGCAGCUGCUUCCAAAACCUGCAAAUUCAGCUCCCAUUGCUGCUGGCAUGGAGCCUAGUGGGAGCCUGGUGUCACAGAUUCAUGUCGCUCGGCCUCCUCCAGAAGGUCGCGGGAAGACCCAAUUGCUUCCCCGUUACUGGCCUAGGAUUACUGACCAAGAGCUGCUGCAAUUAUCUGGACAGUAUCCUCAUCUCUCAAAUUCCAAAAUUAUACCACUCUUUGAAAAAGUUCUGAGUGCGAGCGAUGCGGGUCGUAUUGGUCGACUGGUUCUUCCGAAAGCAUGUGCAGAGGCAUAUUUCCCCCCUAUAUCUCUACCCGAGGGUCUCCCGUUAAAGAUACAAGACAUAAAAGGGAAAGAAUGGGUGUUCCAGUUCAGGUUUUGGCCUAAUAAUAACAGCAGGAUGUACGUUUUGGAGGGUGUGACUCCUUGCAUACAGUCCAUGCAGUUGCAAGCUGGUGACACUGUAACAUUCAGCCGUACAGAACCUGAAGGAAAACUCGUAAUGGGAUACCGUAAAGCGACGAACUCUACAGCGACACAGAUGUUCAAGGGAAGCAGUGAACCCAAUCUGAACAUGUUUUCCAACAGCUUGAAUCCGGGAUGUGGUGACAUCAAUUGGUCUAAACUAGAGAAGUCUGAGGACAUGGCAAAGGAUAACUUAUUUCUUCAGUCGUCCUUAACUUCUGCUAGGAAACGGGUUCGGAACAUUGGGACUAAGAGCAAGCGUCUGCUCAUUGAUAGCGUAGAUGUUCUGGAACUGAAAAUAACUUGGGAGGAGGCACAGGAGCUGUUGCGGCCUCCCCAAUCCACCAAACCCAGCAUCUUUACGCUGGAAAAUCAAGAUUUUGAAGAAUAUGACGAACCACCAGUUUUCGGGAAGAGGACCCUUUUUGUCUCACGUCAAACAGGGGAACAAGAGCAAUGGGUGCAGUGUGAUGCUUGUGGGAAAUGGCGACAGCUGCCGGUGGAUAUUCUUCUUCCACCAAAGUGGUCGUGCUCUGAUAAUCUCUUGGAUCCUGGCAGGUCUUCAUGUUCCGCACCUGAUGAACUCUCUCCAAGAGAACAGGAUACACUUGUCCGGCAGAGCAAAGAGUUCAAAAGGAGGAGACUGGCAUCAUCAAACGAAAAGCUAAACCAGUCGCAGGAUGCAUCUGCUCUGAAUAGUUUAGGAAAUGCAGGCAUCACCACAACCGGUGAACAGGGGGAAAUCACGGUUGCAGCCACGACCAAGCAUCCAAGACACCGGGCAGGGUGUUCGUGCAUCGUCUGCAGCCAACCACCGAGCGGAAAAGGCAAACACAAGCCGUCAUGCACUUGCACUGUGUGCGAGGCAGUGAAGAGACGAUUCAGGACGCUCAUGCUGCGGAAGCGGAACAAAGGAGAGGCAGGACAGGCAAGCCAGCAGGCGCAGUCACAGUCAGAGUGCAGGGACGAGACAGAAGUGGAGAGCAUUCCAGCGGUUGAACUAGCCGCAGGGGAAAACAUCGACUUGAACUCAGACCCGGGGGCUUCCCGAGUAAGCAUGAUGAGGCUUCUCCAAGCUGCAGCGUUUCCUCUGGAAGCAUAUCUGAAACAAAAGGCUAUUUCCAAUACAGCAGGAGAACAGCAAAGCAGUGAUAUGGUCAGCACAGAACACGGUUCGUCCUCAGCCGCACAAGAAACUGAGAAAGACACAACAAAUGGAGCUCAUGAUCCUGUGAACUAAACAGCUUUGGAAUUCUCCAUGAGUAUUUAUUCUUCAGUGGUAUGUGUUUCUUAUUUACACAAAAAAUGUCUUCGGUUUCGUCUCAAAUUGGUUGAGUGGUUACGACCAUUCUACCAAUUGUCGAUCGAAGAAAUGAGGAAUUUGUAGUUUGCUUUUCUUUUUGUUUCUGGUGUUUUGGUUUGGUGUGUGGUGAGUUGAGGCUUGAGAGAGAGAGACAAAUAGAUUUGAUGAGGUUUUUGAAAAUACAUAGGACACUAACUUAAUAGUUAUAUCUAAUAUGGAAAUGGAUGAAGCUUCUAAGAAGAGAAUCGGUUCUGGAGGUGGAGCUUCAAAUUUGUACGCCUAUCUAUCGCAAUCUUAAGUUUCAAAAUUCGAACCUGUACAUAAUUUUUAUUAUUUUCAAGUUUGUUUAUGAAAUUUAUGAUUUACUUAAAUUAGAGAAAUUGGUUACGCGAGA